AAAAUGGGUGCUCGUUCCUGCUGCUCUCGUAAAAAUGACACCAAAAAGAAGCAUAAUAGUGUCACUGAAUUCAUAAUGAACAAGCAAGGGGGUCUCUCUAAGUCAAUGACUAUAAAGCAAAGACAUGAGAAUACCAAGGACAAACUCAACCAAUUGGUAGUCAAGGCUAGAGACUCUCCUGAACUAAGUAAUAUAACUAAGCAAGAGAGCUAUAAGUAAAUCCCUUGAGGCUCAGGAAAACAUCACUUCAGACCAUAUCGAAGAGUUACUAUCGAAAUCUCUUGAGCUCCAUCAGAAAAGGGAGAAGUCACCUUUAUUAACUCCAACUUUGGAGCCAGGCAAGAAGGUUCACAAAGCUCGUGGCUCAUAUAGCUAUUCCAAGUCGAAUGAUAAAGCUAUUAGGCAUGGAGAACUCGACUCUCAAUUUAUAAAACGAAACUCACAGACUUACCACUCAUUUUUUAAGGAUAAUGAAGGAUUCAAGAGGUCUAAAACUAAAAAUUCACGAUUUUCUAAGAGAUCCAGAAAAUCCAAAAGACUAUCAAAUCCGUUUAAACCAGCAUCUUCAAUCCUUGUGUCUAGCUCUUCUUCCUCAAGCUUAAGUCAGGUAGAAGGAUUUCACCUUGUUGGCGAGCUGGCCAAUACUGUGAACUAUAGAACUGAAAAAGCAGUGAAUCUCAAAAAUGGAAAACCUAUCAUAAUUAAGUAUUUCAAAAUUUCAGAUGAAUCAAAAUUGGAAAAGCUGGGUUUCUUUAAGGAACUUCUCAAAGAUUUUCAAGCAAUGCCAAAAUGUCAAUUCCUAGUCAAGGUCAAAGACUUCAGGCUUGAUGAAGAUACUGGUAAACUAGUAAUGAUCCAACAGCAUUGUAAAUAAAUUAAUGGACUUGGAAUACUUCCUUGGUAAUUACCAAAAACAAUACUUGAAGAAGAAAAAUUCUAAAUUAUCAGAUAACUCACCAUAUAUUGAGCCGUCAAGAGUCAAGAUCAUCACAUUUCAAAUAAUUCAGGCUCUGAAAGCCUUAGCAGGUGUAGAGCGGAACCAUGGCAAACUAGACUUGUCCAAUAUAUUUGUAUCAAAGAAAUAUAAAAUAUAAAAAUCUCAGAUUACUGAAUACAUCAUGACCCUCUAGGGAUUUCCUUCAUUGAUGGUCAAAUCCUUGACCUAUUCAAUCUGGGAAUAUGUAUUCUAAAGAUGCUUGGAUUAGCAGCCCUUCAAGAGAAAUUUGACUUUUAUAUGCAUGAUAAGAAGGAUCUCAGAAACCAUUACAAACAUGUUAAAGACUGGAAAUUGCGCAGUUUUCUUGAUAUCCUGCUCAUUAAGAAGAACUGAGACCUUGACUUAGCAGAUCUCCAACCUUUUCUACAGAUUAAUGACAAUGAUCUUGAAUCUAUGAGCAAGAUCAGCCUGGAUGAGAGCACAGAUUCUGACUCUAUCAUAAGCAAUUCUGUAAAGUGAGAUUUCACCUUCAGAAGCCAAUCAGAUAACUCCGAAACUGAAAAAGCUACAGAGAGUGAUAAAGUGGAUCCAAAUCUGCAAAAAUUCUUAACAAAUACUUCAGAAUCUACAAGUUUGAACUACAAAGUGGAAGAGAUACCCGCAAGUCUAAUGCCUUCUGGGACUGAGCUUCCUCCAAUCAAUGCUAAAAAAAAAAUUUACAAACCAAUUUCUGCAAAGGAUGAGAGAUCAAUACACCACGGGUUUGGUAUUACUGGUACUAGUAGUGAUGAAAAUGAAGAUAGCCUUCCUUCUAGCAACUCUGAAAGCCAAGAUGAAAUUGCAGGAGGUUUACUCAACGACAAUAAGGGAAAUAACAUUAUUAAUAAUACUCAACUUCCCUGGAGUCAGAAUUGGAAGACUCUCCAAAGAUGAUUUCAACAAAGAAUAUGAAAAAGAACUAGUGAGGCUGGCUAAAUGGUAUAAUAA